GGGGGAAAUAGAUAAAGAUAAACACGAAGAGGCAAUGCAGAGUUGGGACUCUGUGCCAGCUAAAGUUGCCUUCUUAUGACUCGACCACACUUGGAACCGUUCCAGGCAAGCUCUUGGACCAAUGCCAUAAAUACCCAGUUGGUUCAGCAAAGCAUGAGGCUCUGAGUGAGAGACCCUCAAAAAAGAUUUUUCACCGUUCUCUCGCCGAGGGUUCAGAGAGGAAGGAGAAACUGCAAGAAGAGCUCAGAUAUCUCGCAAAGAUGUUGGAAGGGAAGGCUUUGAUUGAGGACACGGAUAUGCCCGUGAGGAUGCAGAUCCAAGCCAUGGCUUGUGCUUCUCAAGCUCUGGAUGUGCAUGAUGUCUUCGACUACAAAUCCAUCGCUGCCCACAUCAAAAAGGAGUUCGAUAGCAGAUAUGGGGGAGGAUGGCAGUGUGUGGUGGGCUCGAACUUUGGGUGUUUCUUCACCCAUUCAAAAGGGACUUUCAUAUACUUCACUUUGGAGACCAUCAACUUCCUCAUCUUCAAAGGGGCUUCUUCUUGAACCCCCGGUAUUCUCAUGCUGGAGCAUCACGAGAGCCUCGAGAUGGGGGAGAAAGGUGCCAUUGGCACAUCACUCUCAAGGUUGUCAAAUAGCUUUAAGAUUUUCCUUUUCUUUUUGUUAGCUUAGCUUCUUGGGAAGAGAGAGAGAGAGAGGGAGGGAGAGAUGGGCUUUAAAUGCUUUUUGAACUUCUGGAGGGGCAUCUGAGUUGUUGUGCUUUUUGUAUGUAUCUUUGAGAAAUGAAAGGAUGUGAAGACCUUUCCUGAUGAUUUUUUUCUGGGAAAUGGUCAUUCACCCUUUGUCCAAUUGAUGAUUUGGCUUCAACUGCUGAUGAAGUAUCAACGAUGACGAUGAUGAUGGAAUGUCCAUGGAGGAGGAGGCCACUGGA